AUGAGCAAGAACAGCCACUUUCCAUGGUCUGCCACAGACCGCCAAGAGCUGCAUUCCUCGGGCUCGCAGCCGGCCGUGCUGGCCUGCAGCGAUGGGGACGAGCAGCUCAGCCAGCCUCUGGAGCCUGCCAGUGGGAGAGCCAGCCCCCAGGACGAUGCUCAACCCUCCCGAGGAGCGGAGGGGGAGCGCGGGGGCCAGGGGGACGAACAUCUGGAAGCGGCAGCAGAGCUGGGCAAGAGGCAGGGGGAGCAGGGACGGGGCGGCGUGGAUGCAGAGCUGGCCGCGGGGCGGGAGCAGACGCCGCUGCAGCAUUGGGACGGCGGCGUGCCCAGCCGAAGCAGCACGGAUUCAGGGGAGAGGGGCUCCCCCACCCAGGAGAUACCUAGUGAGGCCCUCAGCAAGGAGCAGCGUCACGGCGUCCUGGGCUCCUUAGAAGCUCUCAGUGCCGACGAGCCGGAGGAGCAGCUUGGGUUUGCUUCUGGAGAUGCCACGCUGAGCUGCAGUGAGGAUGACAAGGAACAUUUUCAAUUCAAAGACAUCAGGGAUGGGUUCAGCUCGACCUUUGAGAAGAUUGUUGAGUCUGACCUUAUGAAGGGUACAUACUACAGCAGCUUGGACUCUUUGGACGUCCUCUCUCUCACAGACGAGACAGACAGCUGUGUCAGUUUUGAGGCCCCACUCACUCCAUUGAUCCAGCAAAGGGUCAAGGAAAGCCCAGAACUCUUGGAGCAGAAACUGGUAGCACAGCAGAGAGAAGCCCUUCACCACAUGGAUGCUGAUAAGCAAGAGCAGGCAGCAGCAAAGCCAGCGGAGGGGGAUUUUGGGAGCCCUCUCAGGCACUCAAUUACCAGCAGCAGAUCAGAGAAUGUGCUGAGCCGGUUGUCCUUGAGGAGUAUCCCAAAUGGGUUCCAUGUGGAAGGGUCAGAGGAAGAUGCCACCAAGAUCAUUAACUCCAUCAGUGAUGCCAGCUUGAAAGAUGCACUGUCAGACUCUGACUCCGACAUGGGCAGCACGGAGCAGCUUGACCAGGGCAGCACGGACACCUUGGCGAACGGCUGCAGGGCGGAUAGCGAGGCUGCCAAGAGGCUAGCCAAGCGCCUCUACAACCUCGAAGGGUUCAAGCGCUGCGAUGUGGCACGCCAGCUCGGGAAAAAUAACGAAUUUAGCAAGUUGGUAGCAGAGGAGUAUCUCAGCUUCUUUGACUUCACUGGCCUGACCCUUGACAAAGCACUCAGGACGUUCUUGAAAGCAUUCCCGCUGAUGGGAGAGACGCAAGAGCGGGAGCGGGUGCUGAUUCAUUUCUCCCGGAGAUACUGCCAGUGCAACCCAGAGGAGAGCACGUCUGAAGAUGGGAUUCAUACGCUCACCUGUGCCCUGAUGCUGCUAAACACAGACCUUCACGGCCACAAUAUUGGCAAAAAGAUGUCGUGUCAACAGUUCAUAGCAAACCUGGAUGGGCUGAACGAUGGGAAGGACUUUGCAAAGGAUUUGCUGAAGACACUAUAUAACUCUAUCAAGAAUGAGAAGCUGGAGUGGGCCAUUGAUGAGGACGAGUUGAGGAAAUCACUCUCGGAGCUGGUAGAUGACAAAUUCGGAGCCAGUGCGAAGAAAGUGACAAGGAUUGUUGACAGCAGCAACCCCUUCCUGGACAUCCCCCAAGCACUGAAUGCAGUCACCUACAAGCACGGUGUCCUCACGCGUAAAACCCAUGCAGACAUGGAUGGGAAGAGAACUCCCAGAGGAAGAAGAGGUUGGAAGAAAUUUUAUGCUGUGCUUAAAGGGACCGUCCUUUAUUUACAAAAGGAUGAAUAUAAACCUGACAAAGACCUCUCUGAAGUGGAUCUGAAAAACGCCAUCCGUGUGCACCACGCCUUAGCCACGAAAGCCUCUGAUUACAGCAAGAAGUCCAACGUGCUCAAGCUGAAGACAGCUGACUGGAGAGUCUUCCUCUUCCAGGCCCCAAGUAAGGAAGAAAUGCUCUCCUGGAUCCUGCGAAUCAACCUUGUUGCUGCCAUUUUCUCUGCCCCAGCCUUCCCAGCUGCCAUCUGCUCCAUGAAGAAGUUCUGCCGCCCACUCCUGCCUUCGUCCAUGACCAAGCUGUGCCAGGAGGAACAGCUGAGGUCUCAUGAAAAUAAAAUGAAGCAGAUUGCAGAUGAAUUAGCAGAGCAUAAAUUACAUCCUGUGGAGAAGAGCCUCAAGUCAAAAGAGGCUGAGGAAUACAGACUCAAAGAACAUUACCUAAUAUUUGAGAAGAGUCGCUAUGAGACAUAUAUCAACCUGCUGUGCAUGAAGAUAAAAGUCGGGACAGAUGACCUGGAGAGAAUUGAAACCAGUUUCUUCAAGGUGGAAGCUGACGACAUUGCUUUGCGGAAGACACAUUCAAGCCCUUCCUUGAGCCAAGGGCACAUGUCCAUCAGCUGUAAGGCAGAAAAGGACAUUUUAGAGCAGAACACUUAA